AUGACAUGAGUGACACUGACAUUACACAAUCGGCGGUACAACAAUCGAAAUCUACGAGACAAAUUUUGAUUUUCUAGUUUUUGAAAAAAAUGAGAGAUUGAUUGCUUUCUGUAACAUAAUUUAAUUAAAUAAAAAUGGUUACAAUGUGGUAUUUAACAUCAGAUAGUGACACAAGAGUAAUAUAUGUAUUGCCGUUUAAGCAAAUAACCAUAGGCAGAAGUGUAGAUGGCCAAAUUUGUAACUUUGCUAUACCGGAUGAUGCGUCUAUCAGCAGAAAACACGCGACUUUAGACAAUGGAGGAAAUCAUUUAAUCUUACAGGAUUUGGGAUCCAGGUAUGGUACUUUCGUCAACAAUUCUACAGAAAAAGCAGUUAGCAAUGUACCUAUGCAAUUGAAAGAGAAAGAUGUGAUCAAACUUGGAAAAUUAAACAGUCUUUGGAUAGUUAAUAAAGCUUAUUUUGUUACUUGCACAUCUACAUUAAAGGGAGAAAGCCUGCAAAACCUGAAGACUUGUUUGAAUAAGCUUGGUGGAACAUUAAAAAAUGAAUGGGAUGAUUCCUGUUUUUAUCUCACAAUGCCAGCUAUAACCUUGACUAUCAAAGUCGUUUUAGCUCUGGUUCAGGGAUCACAAAUUGUAACAACAGAAUUUUGGAGUCAUUGCAUGGCAGCUGUCGACACUAAUCAACCAUUACCAGAUCCAAAAAACUACACACCAAAUAUUGUAGAAUCUACUCUCAAUAGAGAUGUUGUAUCAUUUAACCCUGAUGCACGUAGAAAAUCGUUGUUCAGUGGUAAGAAAAUAGUAUUUUUCUCAAAAAAACAAUUUGAAAUGUACAAGUUAGUUUUAACUAAAAGUUCUGGAACUCCUAUCCUAUUAAGUGAAGCUAGAAUGACAAAAUCUAUGCUAAGUGAGCAAGAUGUGAUUGUUAUUCAAUGUAACAUCUCCAAUCCUGAGUCACAAGUUACAGCAAACCAAGUAAAUGAAAUUGUUAGUUAUUUGAAGAUUAACAACAAGAGAGUUGUUGCUGAUGCUGAAAUUGGGUUAGCUGUACUAUACUGUAACACUGAAAAAUAUUGCAAUCCUAAUUUCAAUUUCACUUCUGAAGUAAUGAAACAAACUACUGAUCAAGAUAAAAAAUCGACAAAUAUAUUAGUUCAAGAGUCUCAAGAAAAUCAAGCCAUGUCUAAAAAAGAAAAUGUUAUUAUUAAUGAAAGUCUUACAUCAGAACAUAUGGAUGUGAAUUCAUCUAACAAUCCAUUCAAAAGAAAGCAUAGCAAUGAUGUUACAGAAAAUGCCCAAAAGAAACUUGCUACUGCACAAGCAUCAAUAUUUAACAGCACAAAUAAUAAAAGGAAGAAUGAAGAUGUUAAAGAAGAUCAUCCCAAUAAGAAAAUGUGUGGACCUGCUGGUAAUGAUGAUAUUUUUAAUUUCAUUAGUUCUUCCACAAACUAUAGUGACAAUCGAGAUAAAGGAUUGGGAAACAAGCUCAAUUUGUCAAAACCACAGAAGAGAAAACAAGAUGGACCAGGCAAUGAUGAUGAUAUAUUUAAUUUUAUUCAAGAUAAAAACAAACCUAAUGAAGGUGUAACUAAAAAUAAUAUAUUUAAUGUGAUGAUGAAAAAAUCUCGCUUGGAAACUAGAGAUGAAAUUGAGGAAGAAGUUCCUAUGGUAAAAAAAAAGGUUGAUGAAAAUAUUGACAUUUCAGCAUUGAGAGGGCGUAAGUUAGAAGAGUUGAUGAAGUUGAAUCAGGAAAUAAAUGGCAAUGCUAUACAAAAAAUAAAAAAAGAACAAGAUGAUGAUCUUGACAGUAGGAUGAAUAAGCUAGAUUUGGGCACUACAAUAGUUGUUAUUAAUAAUGACUUGAUUGUUAAAAAAGAGCCUAUUGUAGUUGAAGCUGAUAAAACUAUGGGAGGGAAGAACUUCAAAAAGUUUAAAAAAGUAUGGCCCCUGAAAAUGCAAGUGACUGUCAUCUCAACAGCAUCCAAAUCUGAGGGCUAUGAAGAUCAAUCAUUCAGAGAUGAGAAAUGUUCACAGAUAUAUUGAAUUUACGAUUAAGUUGUCAUAUUGGAAUAUAAUUUUUAAGCUACUGUUUGUACUUCCAUAAUUCUGCAUUAUAUUGAAAUUUAAAUAAAAAUUUUCAUUGAAUA